UUUUUAUUCUUAUUUUAAUGGUCACCGAUGAGAGUUAUUUGUUUUGCAUUCCUACUUUAAUUUCUCAAAAAAUGUUAGAUUUGCUAAGAAUUGAUCAGUUUGUCAUUAAUUCAUAAAUUAAGUAAUCUAAACGAACACUGUAUUUCUGAAUUAAUAGCUUUAAAAGUAAUUAUAGGACUUAAAACUAAAAUACAUAGAAAACAUGGUUUUGACUUUUGACAUGCUAGCCUCAAAUGUUUUCUUUUUAAUUUACGGAAGAUGUUUAAAGCCUUUAAAAUAGUUUUUGAAUUUUGGAUAAUAACAAAAAUAUGUUAUAAAAUAAUAAUCAUAAAUAACAAAUAAACUCUCGUUGGAAAAAAUAGGCUUUUUAAUAAGAAACCCAAAUAACAUGGUGUGUUUUUUGUUUUUAUUGUAGCUACAAAAAUGAGUCUCCCUUUUUUUCAGGAAAACCACAUUUUCAAAAUCUUGAUAAAUAUGGUAAUUUCAGAAACUAAAACAAAUCUAAAAACUAUAACUCAAUCAAGGUUUUUUAGAUUUAUGAUUAAAAAAAAGAAUAGAGAGAGAAAGGCGUGUUGGUCAAUAUAAAUACUCUGUUUUAGAAACGGACAACCCUAAAAGGAGCAAAAAAAAAAAACAGAACAAGAGGACGAAAAAAAUGAAGACAACGACAACAAUGCUCUUGUGUCUCAUCACGAUGCUCCUAAUAGCCUCCGCACAUUCCAAGGAAGAAACGGCUAUGCGUCUCGACAUGAAGCACCGUGAUUCACUCUCACCGAAUCCGUCACCUUACCAUCGCAUCGAAGACAUUAUGGGCAUGGACCAGAAGCGUCACAACGUCAUUUCUCAGAAAAUAAAAACAACUAAGGGUGGAGUGAAAAUGUCGCUGGGAUCAGGUUUCGACUUCGGAGCGGCGCAGUAUUUCUCGGAGAUCAUGGUUGGAACGCCAGCGAAGAGGUUCAGGGUGGUGGUGGACACAGGGAGCGAGCUGACAUGGGUGAAUUGUAGGUUCCAUGGGCAAGGGCCAGAGAAACUUGAGAAUCGUCAUGUCUUCAGAGCAGAGAAUUCGUCCAGUUUCAGAAAGGUUGGAUGCAUGACGAAGACUUGUUCGGAAGAUUUGGCGAAACUAUUCUCCAUCGCUAUAUGCCCUACCCCUAGAACUCCAUGCGCAUACGAUUACAGAUAUGUUGAUGGAUCAUCAGCACAAGGUGUAUUUGCUAAGGAGACCUUCACUCUUGGUCUCACCAACGGCAGCGUUACUAGUGUCCGUGGCCUCCUCAUUGGCUGCAGCAGCGCCUCCGAAGGUGGUGCCAGCUUCCGUGAAGCAGACGGUAUCCUUGGUCUAGCCUUGAGCGAUUACUCCUUCACUUCAAAAGCCACUAACAUCUUCGGAGGCAAAUUCUCAUACUGCCUCGUUGACCAUACCUCACACAAAAACGUCUCCAACUAUCUCAUCUUCGGCUCUACACCCUCGUCUACCACCACCAAAGCCCCCGCAAGACGAACCGCUAGGCUUGAUCUCAGUCUCCUUCCUCCCUUCUACGCCGUCAACAUCGUUGGAAUCUCCAUCGGAGAGGAAAUGCUCAAUAUCCCUCCACAAGUAUGGGGUGUAAAGAAAGGUGGUGGGACCAUUUUGGACUCAGGAAGCAGCCUCACGUUCUUAGCUGAGGCCGCGUACAAGGCCGUGGUUACAGGGCUACAGCGUCACCUUGUUGGUGUGAAAAGAAUCAAACCAGAAGGACUACCAAUAGAGUUUUGUUAUUAUACCAGCAAGUUCGACGACAGAAAGCUGCCACAACUAACGUUUCACUUCAUGGGCGGUACUCGUUUCGCGCCUUAUCGUAGAAGCUACCUGAUAAAUGCUGCGCCAGGAAUCAGGUGUUUAGGGUUUGUGGAGGCUAAAGCUGAGGCUACUAAUGUCAUUGGGAAUAUAAUGCAGCAGAAUCAUUUGUGGGAGUUUGAUAUUGCGGCCUCAACUUUGUCUUUUUCUCCUUCUACCUGCCUUUAGAUUGGUGUUUUGACAAAAUUAAAUUUGUUAGUGAACAAGUAAAUAAUGCUAUCAAAACUUGUUAGAUAGCAUUCAUUUCCAUAGAAUCACUAUUGGGCCUUGUAAAUAAUAGCCUCUUAGUGGGCCGUUGAGAGAGCAGGUUGGGCCCAUAACUUCAUUAGCUUGGUCUUUACUCUUUACUAAGUUUACACGCUCUGACAAAGAAGGGCUGCUUCUGUGUUACGGUGUUGAGGAAAGUAGGAAUCUGAUGCAUCGUUGUUGCAGUCUCAUGUGCUCUCUUCUCAAAGCAUAUUUGAUUUUUCUUUUUCAUUUUUACAUUCUCUCAACAUUAACAAAACUUGUCGAGUACUCUGUUUUAUACCAAAAGUCACAUCCUUACUUAAAGACCACAUCUUCUAUAAAAACAUACGAUAAGGGUAAAUAUUCAAAUAAUAUCAAUGAUCAUAUAAACAGAGAGUGAAGGAAGGAGGAGCCUUGUCCUUGGAACUUGAAUAAAUAAUUGAAAGGGUAGAACUGGGAAAGAAGUUAUAUUAGGGAUGGGGAGAAUGACCCAAUCCAAUGGGCAAUGACCAAUCCCAUCAUGGCAUCCACUAAAAUGAUGCAAUCAUUAUUGGUGACAGAGAAGCAUCACAUGCUUCAUCAUCAUUCUAUUUGCUUCUACGAACACCAAUCACCAUUUUUUUUGUUAUUGUACUCUUCUUUCAAUUCUCAAUACAAAUUUUAAAACAAUAAAAUAAAUAUCUUGGAUAAAAGAUUGGAUAGAGACGAUAUUUUGAAAACCCAAGAGGAUAUUGAAUUUUCCCAUGCACAUUAGUCUUUUUCUUUGGCUAAGAAUGCACAUUAGUCUUAAGUUAUUAUAAGAUAAGUUAAACUCAAAUGAAAAUCAAUUACUAAUUCAAUUUGUCACACCACACAUACAUCAAAAACCCUUAUACAUGUGAUUAUAAUAAAAACGUCACACAAAAGAAAAGAAAAAAAACACAAACUACACCAGCUGGUUUAUCUUACAUGCCAAUUAAAAUCACACAAUCCAUUUCCUCCUACACCUACAUUUGUUGUACACAAAUCACCCGAAAGUUGAAAAACACACUUUCAAUUAA